CGGGACACCCACGGUGGGUGCUGUGUUUGCAGAGGGCUUGCGGGAGUACUUCAGCCAGUUCGGCGAGGUGAAGGAGUGCCUGGUGAUGCGGGACCCGCUGACAAAGAGAUCCAGGGGCUUCGGGUUCGUCACGUUCAUGGACCAGGCUGGCGUCGACAAGGUCCUGGCCCAAUCCAGACAUGAACUGGACUCCAAGACGAUUGACCCGAAGGUAGCAUUCCCUCGCCGAGCACAGCCCAAGAUGGUGACCCGAACGAAGAAGAUAUUUGUGGGUGGUCUGUCUGUGAACACUACUGUGGAGGAUGUGAAACAAUAUUUCGAGCAGUUCGGGAAGGUGGAUGAUGCGAUGCUGAUGUUUGACAAGACAACCAACCGGCACCGAGGAUUUGGGUUUGUCACAUUUGAAAGUGAAGACAUUGUGGAAAAAGUGUGUGAAAUCCACUUCCAUGAGAUCAACAACAAAAUGGUGGAGUGUAAAAAAGCUCAGCCGAAGGAGGUGAUGUCCCCAACGGGCUCUGCACGAGGGCGGUCCCGAGUAAUGCCUUACGGGAUGGAUGCCUUCAUGCUGGGGAUCGGCAUGCUGGGUUAUCCAGGCUUCCAAGCUGCCACCUAUGCGAGUCGAAGUUACACUGGCAUUGCACCUGGUUACACUUACCAGUUCCCUGAGUUCCGUGUAGAGCGGACCCCUCUCCCGAGUGCCCCCGUCCUCCCUGAGCUCACAGCAAUCCCCCUCACUGCCUAUGGACCGAUGGCAGCAGCAGCGGCUGCAGCGGCCGUGGUGCGAGGGACAGGUUCCACCCCCAGUCGCACCGGUGGGUUUCUGGGCACCACCAGUCCCGGGCCGAUGGCAGAGCUUUAUGGAGCCGCCAACCAGGACUCAGGGGUCAGCAGUUACAUCAGCGCUGCCAGUCCGGCCCCGAGCACCGGCUUUGGACACAGCCUAGGGGGUCCCUUGAUUGCAACAGCUUUUACCAAUGGGUAUCACUGAAGCUGGGGGACCAAGGAGGCAGGAGAUUCCCCAGUGACCUAACCGAGGACAGCGAGUGGCUGGAGGAUCUGGUGAGCCUCGGGGGAUGAGCCAAGGUUACCUUUCUCUUGAAUCAAACUGCACACUGCCGGCUGGCUGCCAGGCUCCUGCCGCCCUGCCCGAUCUCUCCCUUUGACCAGACCACACUGGACUGAACCCGAGGAGAUCAUCUCGCUUUCCUACUAACCACCGACGGUUUACGCUUCCCCCUCCCUGCCCCCAGCCCACUGAUUCUUCUUUUAUUUAUUUUAGUAGCUGUUAGUUUUAUUUUUUUAUUUUAUUUUUUUAUCUUUUUUGGGGGCUGCCCCUUCUUUUUGUUGUUUGCUCUUUCCCGAGCUAGUAGACAUAUUUUAUGAAUUGGCUUUGUGAUUGUGUUAGGUAGUUUUCAUUGAGGAGUAUUUUUAUUUGGCUUUGAAACUGUUUUGAAUAUUUUCAACUCUGUUGUUGUUGUCGUCAGUGUUUUUAAAGCACGGUAUGUAACAAGAAUGCAGUUCUGAAGGGAAGAAAGAGACAGAGAGAGAGCAAAGGCUGAGAGGAACUGCUGUAUUUCUAUUUUUUUUAAAGAAACUGUUUUUAAUUGUUUCUGUUUUGUAAAUGUGAGGCUUUGAAAAGUGUGAAACUCCAAGGAUCCGAAAACGUUGGACAUCGCUAUGGAACAAAACAAAUGUAUAUUUUGCUAAGUGAAAAACACUAUCCUUACAGCUGAAAGAUUUUUUUUUUCCUAGGUUUAGUUUUACGUGGGGUUUUCUUUUUCCUCCUGUAUAAUAUGUAAAUAUCGUGAGCUGAACCUGGCUGCUGCCUGCAGCCUGGCUCCAAGGAGCAGCUCCAGGUCCUGGACUUGGUGCCGCAGCGUGAGCAAUACUCUCCAGCAGAAUCCUGACAGGACUUCGUUCUUUUUUUGUACACCUUUUACUGUAAGAUUUUAAGACCUCUGAUGAGAUGAGCUGAAAGGGGG